GUUGAGGCCCUGAGGCAGCAGCAUGGAGAAGAUCCAGGAAGAUAACCGGCCACCGCUGGAGUACGUGAAGGGGAUCCCCAUCAUCAAGUACUUCGCAGAAGCCCUGGGUCCUCUGCAGAGCUUCCAAGCCAGGCCUGAUGACUUGCUCAUCAGCACCUACCCCAAGUCUGGCACCACCUGGGUGAGCGAGAUUGUGGACAUGAUCUACCAGAAAGGCGAUGUGGAAAAGUGUCGCAGGGCCCCCAUCUUCAUCCGGGUGCCCUUCCUUGAGUUCAAGGGCCCAGGGAUUCCCUCAGGAAUGGAAGUUCUCCAAGUCACACCAGUCCCACGAAUCAUCAAGACACACUUGCCCCUGGCCCUGCUCCCCCAGACCCUGCUGGACCAGAAGGUCAAGACCAUCUAUGUUGCCCGCAAUGCCAAGGAUGUGGCUGUUUCCUAUUACCACUUCUACCGCAUGGCCAAAGUGCACCCUGACCCCGGGACCUGGGACAGUUUCCUGGAGAAGUUCAUGGCUGGGGAAGUGUCCUACGGGUCCUGGUACCAUCAUGUGCAGGAAUGGGAGAAGCUGAGCCACACCCACCCUAUUCUCUAUCUCUUCUACGAGGACAUGAAGGAGAACCCCAAAAGGGAGAUUCAGAAGAUCCUGGAGUUCUUGGGGCGCUCCCUGCCUGAAGAGACUGUGGACCACAUUGUCCAUCAGACAUCAUUCAAGGAGAUGAAGAAGAACUCCAUGUCCAACUACAUCACUGUCCCCACUGAUCUCAUGGACCAAAGCAUUUCUGCCUUCAUGAGAAAAGGCAUUGCAGGGGACUGGAAAAACACUUUCACCGUGGCCCAGAAUGAGCGCUUCGAUGCUGACUAUGCUGUGCAAAUGGCUGGCUGCAGCCUCCAGUUCCGGAUGGAGCUGUGAAGUGGUUGCCUGGAGGGUGCCCAGGGGAGGGAAGGGAGCAAGCCCUGUCCCACCCUCUGGGAAUAAAGUGCCCUGUGCCAAAUGGA